GCUUUACGGUACAGUCUGUGUUUAGAAACAGAAAGUCCACGCUUACUACUUUAUCACUUUCCAGUCUAGGUGAAAGUCACCGUCGGCUCGAGAGAAGGCAUUCGUCAUCUUUUCUUUAAAACAAAUUUCUUUGAAAGUGAAGCAAAAUUCUUAGACCCUUGUAGUCAGCUUCAUACAAUUUGUACCAAGAACAGAUAUGCCGAAGUCAUCCUCGAAAGUGUUUGGGACACUUAUAUUGACGAUCUCUCUCAUUUCACUGCAAGGGACUUCUUCACAUCUUCAGCAGGGUAUUAGAAACAUUCGAAAGCUUUUGGAAGCAGAUUCAGAUGAAAAUCAACAACAGCAUUGUUCUUCUGUGCGUGGCAUAAAUAAUUCAUACCGCUGCCAGUUUGUCAAGUCGCAUCCAAGUUGUAAUGAAGGAUCUAUACCCUACAUGCAGAUUGUUUACUGUUGGUUUUCAAGUAAAGUUUGUCCUCUUGCCUACUGUUUACUUGGUAUAUGGCUGGUGUUUCUAUUCAUCACCCUUGGACUGACAGCAGAUGACUACCUCUGUCCAUCUUUAACAGUGAUUUCUAGAACUUUAGGAAUCAGCCAGAACAUUGCCGGAGUUACAUUCCUUGCUUUUGGCAAUGGUGCCCCUGACAUCUUUAGUUCUCUGGCAGGUUUCACUCAGAACAGAGAUCAAAGUGGAGUACAGCUUGUGAUACAAGCCCUCUUUGGUGCUGGUAUUUUUGUAACAACAGUGGUUGUUGGGGUAAUAUCAUUUAUCUCAAAUGACCUUACCCUGACAAACCGUCCUUUUACCAGGGACGUAUUAUUCUACUUGGGUGCUGUGUCAUGGGCUUUUAUUACCUUGUACAGGCAAAAAAUUACAAUGGCAGUGGCAAUAGGUUUCAUAGCGCUUUAUGUUGUGUACAUCGCUGUGGUUAUUAUUGCACGCUACAUCUACCAGGGGUGGAAAAGGAAGGCAGUGCAAGUGGAAAUACAACCUGAUUCAAAGAUAGCAUCCAGAGGAGAAUUAUUUGACACAAGCAACUCAGCAGGAGCAAGAAGACAAUUGGAUACUGUGGGAGAUGCUAAUGAACACUCCAGCUGGGCUUCAAGUGUUAAUUCACAAAAAAAUUAUGUCCCGCGCAGAAACAUUUCUCUUACGCCUCAUAGUAUGAUCUCAGGUGCCCUGAUUUCUUCUGAGAAUACCCUCAUAGCUCCAGCAUUUCAAAACGCCCCAGCCCUUACCAGGCAGUAUUCAUCCGAUUCAGAGGAAGAUUUUCCUCUUUUGGGAGGUAAACGGAAAAUUAGUGCUUGGAGAAAAUUUCUCUUUGGCCUGGAACCAAUUGACCGUGAAGAAUGGAACAGGAGUAACUUUUUCAAGAAAUGCUUUAUGGUUUGUAAGGCUCCAGCAGUAUUUUGUUUGAAUCUUACCAUACCAGUGGUGGAUUAUGAUGAAGAGGAGCAUAAUUGGAAUAAAUGGCUGAAUGUUUUACAUUGCUUAACAAUGCCUGUGUUUGGUGUCGUGGCUACAAAUAAUUAUAGUCAUAUGAUUGGUGGAAAACUUCCUGCCUGGGCCCUGGCUCUCUGCGCUGGACUAGUUCUAGCUUUGAUUGUUGCUAUGACAACAAAGAGUGAAAAGAGGCCUCGGGGCCAUUCGUUGUUUGCCUAUCUGGCAUUUGUGGUUUCCGUGGUUUGGAUUUACAUCACAGCAAAUGAGAUUGUCAACCUUCUCAAGAUGUUCGGUAUCGUGCUUGGUUUAAGUGAUGCAAUUCUUGGCCUUACUUUUCUUGCAUGGGGAAACAGUUUAGGUGAUUUAAUAUCAAAUACGGCCAUGGCAAAGCAGGGAUUUGGUCAAAUGGCUGUAUCAGCCUGCUUCGCAGGUCCUUUGUUAAAUAUGUUACUAGGUAUUGGUAUACCAUGUACUUACGUCACUGUAACAGAUAGUCAACAUCUGAUACAUUUACAUCACCAAGAUAACCAAUACAUAAUCUCAGCUGCAUUUCUAGCUGCCAGUCUCAGCUCGUCUGCCAUCUGUAUUCCUUUAAUGGGAUUCAGAGUGCCCCGGAUGUAUGGCGCGUAUCUUUUAACACUGUAUCUGGCCUAUUUAGCAGUAUCCGUGGCAACAGCUGUUCAACAUGCUCAUCAUCAGUGACGGCAGAUUAUCAUAUUUCUUAGAGUGACAAUUUAGGUGAUUUUUUUUUAAUCGUACGACUUAAGAUAUUUUUGUAUUCGAAUUAAGGGCUCGGUAAAGUUUGGUUAAUGAAUUCUGUCUGACAGGAAAGUUUUUUUAUCUAGGAUAAACGCUUAAGUUUUUUGUCAAACGAGGAAAUGACAUAUCAUGAUGGUAAAACCUCACGGAACUAUCUUGGAACUUCUGAAGUGGGCCAUGUAAGUUAACGUUUAGGUUCUUCAAGUAUUACAGUAAAGUAUUUGUCAAAAAAAAAAUAUCUCGUGUCUAGAAAACUAAACAUUU